AUGCUUCACUCCCUGGUCCGCCGCCAUGCCCUCCCCCCAUCGUUCCAGCUCCGUCUCGUUUUCUUCUCCACCGGCACUUUCGCCUCCUCCUCAGGCGGCACCUCUUCUCCCGAUCCCCACUUUAUGGUCGACUACCUCGUGAACUCAUGCGGGUUCUCUGCGGACGGUGCUUCAAAGGUCUCCAAGUCGCUUCCCCCUUUUCCGUCCACCGAGAAGCCCGACGCUGUUAUUAGAUUCCUCAGAUCUCAGGGCUUUGACGGCGCUAAUCUCAGAAAGACAAUAACUUGGAGUCCGACAGUGCUCGGCUGUGAUGUGGAGGCGAGCCUCGCUCCAAAGUUCAAAUUUUUGCGCGACCUAGGAUUAUCUGAGUCCGACGUCAUCGAUGUCGUUAUGCAGCAUCCCAUUAUUAUGGGCCACAACCUUCAGAACUCGCUUAUUCCCAAAUUGAAGGUUUGGGAAAGUCUCUUUGGAUCGAGGGAGAUCCUCCUCAAGAAUCUCCGGAAGCGUAAUUGGUUUUUGAGCAACAAUAUUGAGAAAGUACGCCCUAACUUGAACUUCUUAAGGGAUGAAUGUGGUAUUCCUGAAGCGCGGAUUUCUCUUGUUUUUAAAAGACAUCCAAGCUUCAUCGUGCAGAACCCAGAUUCGCUCCGGGCUUUGGUGGAUAGAGCUGAGGGGAUGGGAAUUUCCCGGGAGUCUGCGAUGUUCGUCUGGAUCCUUGAUGUGCUGCAGGGGGUCAGCAGGGAAAAAUUUGAGACCCAAGUCAAGCUCAUGAACAGCUUUGGUUGGUCGAACUCAGAUGUCAUUGCUGCAGUCAAGAAAUUCCCACAUUUUUUAUCCCUUUCCACAGUGGUUUUGCAGAGAAAGAUGGAAUUUUUAAUCAAGGAUGUUGGUAUGGCACCAUUAGACAUUGCUAAGCAGUUAGUGUUUUUAGCAUUGAGUUUGGAAAAGAGUCAUGAGGAUGUUAGUUCUCUGAGUUCCGUUUUGCAACCUGAUUUAGCUGAAAAGGAUUUGUUUCAGGAACUUAUCAGUCGUGCUGCCAAGACAUGA